ACAGAACGUCGAGAGCCGCCGCCCGGCCGGGCGCGGAUGGAGGUGGCGGAGCCCGCGCGGUGCCGGGAAUGAGCGGCGGAGCGGCCGGACCUCAGCUGAUUCGCCAUGGAGGAGGGCGUGAAGGAGGGGAGGGAGAGGCCUCGGGGAGCACGGACCGCGGACAAGGCCGGCUGGAUCAAGAAGAGUGGCGGGGGCCUCCUGAGUCUCUGGAAAGAUCGCUACCUGCUCCUCUGCCACGCCCAACUGCUGGUCUACGAGAAUGAGGAUGAGCAGAAGUGUGUAGAAACAGUGGAGCUCGGCAGCUAUGAGAAGUGCCAGGACCUUCGUGCCCUCCUCAAACGGAAACAUCGCUUUAUCCUGCUGCGAUCCCCAGGGAACAAGGUCAGCGACAUCAAAUUCCAGGCACCCAGCGGGGAGGAGAAGGAAUCCUGGAUCAAAGCCCUCAAUGAAGGAAUCAACCGAGGCAAGAACAAGAUCCUUGACGAGGUAAAGGUGGACAAGAGCUGUGCCCUGGAGCACGUGACACGGGACCGGGUGCGGGGGGGCCAGCGGCGCCGGCCGCCCACGAGAGUCCACCUGAAAGAAGUGGCCAGCGCAGCUUCUGACGGGCUUUCACGCCUGGACCUCGAUGUUCUGGACAGCGGGCCACCAGUGUUUACCCCCAGCGAUGAUGGCAGUGUAGCCCAGCCCCAGGAGAAGUUCCAGCCCCUCAUGCCUCCCACCAAGACUUCCUCAGCGCCUGAGACACCCAGUGUUGGUGACAGGGUAGAGACAUCUGCAGGGGAGAGAGCUUCAACCCCCACCUCAGCGAGCACUGAGACCCACGCUGAGAGCCAAGAGGACUCAGAGACCCCAUCUGGGGAGGGCAGGGGCCCUGAGCAGCCCCGCAACGGUAUCAUGCCUGACAAACUGAAGAUGAGCUGGGAGAACCCCAGCCCCGAGGAGCCCCUCGCUCCUGAGAGCACAGGAGCACCCCAGCUACACUGUUCUGAGACUUCUGAGGCUGCCCCCAAGGAGAGUAGGAAGCCCCCUACACCCCCACCCAAGAUCAUAUCGGAGAAACUGAGAGCUUCCAUGAGUGGCAUGGAGCCUUCUGGGCUAGCCCAGAGUCCUGGGGUCCCUGACAUCUCUGCCCCAGGCCCAGCCCAGGUCUCAGUGAAUGGCAUAGAUGACAACUCUGAGCCCACCAAGCUGUCCAAGGCCACGGCCGCCCCAGGAAUCCACCAGAAGGAUGCAGCAAUGUCCACCGCACUGCCUGUCUGGGACCUGCCACCUCAGUUCCAUCCCCGCUGCUCCUCCCUUGGGGACCUGCUUGGGGAGGGCCCCCAGCGUCCACGGCAGCCCAGGGAACGGCUGUAUCGGGCUGAGCUGGAGGUGAGGGUGGCCUCAGAACAGACGGAGCAACUGUUGAACAAGGUACGGGGCACUGAGCCGGCCCCUGACAGCCCCGAGGCACUGCUCAGCCACGCUGUGGAGCAGCUGAGACAGGCCACUCAGGUCCUGCAGGAAAUCAGAGAUUUGGGGGCACUGAGCCAGGGAGCUCCUGGGCUAAGGGAGAAGCGGAAGGAGCUGGUGACCCUCUACAGGAGAAGUGCACCCUAGGGCCUUCCGGGUCAGAGGCACAGUUCCUCCUGGCCGACUCAGUCCAUCAAAGCCCAGCCCUGCAAGAAAUGUGCUCCUGCUCAGGCUGUGGAAGGGCCACUGGGCAUGUCAGGAUUUGGCCAGGAACUGCCGAGACUCCUGCAUGUCCUUCCCACCCUGGCCUGGGCAGGCCAGUGGUGCCAGCUGCCACCUAGGCCACUGCCUUGCUAUCUGGCCUGGUCUCCAGGGUCUGGGCUUGGGAGCUUGUGUGGUUGUUCUCAACGCCCCAGGGCUUUGACACAGCACCUGGGGUUUCUGGGGGUGGCAUCAUCUCUGUUCCCCACCCUCAGUAGUUUACAUUCCUGACUUCUGAAUAGAGCACAGCUGAGCCCUCCUGCAGCCCGCAUCUCCAGAUACUUUCAGUCAGGGAACCCUCCCGGCAGAGGCCAUCUUAAAGCCAGCCCCUCUCCCACCCCCACCCCUA